AUGAAGACCAUUGCCAUUUUCUCUGCCAUAUUUGCAGCCGUGUCCGCCACCUACUACGGCAGUGGGGGAAUUGGUGUACCAUAUGGCGGCGGAUUUGGGAGCACAGGAGGAUCAUACGGAUUGGGUAGUGGAUUAGGAGGAGGGUACGGUGGAUCAGGUGGAUUAGGAGGAGGGUAUGGUGGAUUAGGAGGUGGAUUAGGAGGAGGGUAUGGUGGAUUAGGAGGAGGGUACGGUGGAUUAGGAAGUGGAUUAGGAGGAGGAUAUGGUGGAAUAGGGGGAGGGUAUGGUGGAUUAGGAGGAGGACUAUCUGGGGGCAGAUUUUCAUAUGGUGGAUUCAACGAAGGUUUCGGAAACGACGACUUUUCUGGUGGCGGCGGAUUUAUUGCCGGUGGUAGGAGUGGAUUCAUUGGUGGUGGUAGGGGUGGAUUCAUUGGAGGAAGGAAAAGAGGUAAUUCGAGAUUAAAAAUACUUUUAGAUUAA